AUGUCUCUGCCGCCGCCGUCGACGUUCCGCGAGACGCUGCGCUUCCACGCGCUGCGCGUGCCGGCGCGGCUGUGCAACGACGCACACAAGGCGCUGCGGCCACACGUGCUGGCGCUGCCGCACGUCGCGUCGGUCCUUCGCGCGGACGCGACCGAGCCGGCCCUCGUCGUGCUGCUACUGCGCUACCUGGCGGAGAGCCCGGCCACAGAACUGCGCGCGCCCCCGCGCGGCAACGCCGACGCCGCAUACGUGGGCGUCGAACCAGAGGUUGUCGCGACGAGGAUUCGGGAGACCGCGCUUGGGGAGAAGGUGGGAGGAAGGGUCGCAGAGUUUGUCAGAGGCGUGGGAGCGGGGGAUGUCAUUAGGAGGGAUGUGCUUUUGGGGUAUGAAGUGUGGGGUAUGGCUGCGGUGCUGCGCAAUGUGCUGCCGGAAGGGGUGACGGUGCCGACAUCGUUUGAGACAGUAGGUCAUAUUGUGCAUGUGAAUUUGAGGGAGGAGCAUGAGGAAUAUAAGAAGGUGAUCGGCGCUGUGAUGCUGGACAAGCUAGGGAAGAGGGUCAAGACGGUGGUGAAUAAGUUGGAAAGCACAGGGGGGCCGUAUAGGACGUUUAAGAUGGAGGUCAUUGCGGGGGAGCCGAUGCUGGAGACGGAGGUCAAGGAGAACGGUUGUCGAUUUAGGCUCAAUUUUGAAAAGGUCUAUUGGAACUCGAGGCUGGAGACGGAACAUAACAGGAUCGUGACAGCGACAGGAAAAGGGGAAGUAUUUGUAGACGCAUUUUGUGGCAUUGGGCCGUUUGCGGUGCCAGUCGCAAAGGGGAGGAGGUGUGAAAAAGUGUAUGCAAACGAUUUGAAUCCAGACUCGGUCAAGUACUUGAAAGAGAAUGCGAAAAUUAAUGGUGUUGAAGGGGACAAGUUUAUUGCGUCGUGCGGUUGUGCUAGGGAGUUUUUGCGUACUCUUGUGCGGGACAAGGUGGCGAUGACUAGGGUAGUGAUGAACUUUCCGUCGGGAGCGCCAGAGUUUCUUGAUGUAUUUAGAGGUCUUUACGACGAAGCGGACGGCCUGCCCAUGCCCGUGGUGCAUUGCUAUUGUUUCGUGAAAGGUAUUGAGAACCUGAGCAGUGCGAGAGAUCGCGUGAGGAAGGCGUUGUACGGAGACAACCUCCAAGGAGAGAUGCAGUUGCGUGAUGAAGACAUUGAAAUACGGGACAUAAGGAACGUCGCACCACGGAAACAGCAAGUAUGCGUCACCUUCCAAGUGCCGAAGGACGUAGCACAUAGAAACCUCGACAUGUCAGACGGGGAAAACCCCCCCGCAGCAAAAAAGCUAAAACUCGCCCUCUAA